AUGUCUGAAGAAUGUGCCAUCUGUAAUCAGAAUGCUAUGAAAUCAUGGUUACAGGACAUGUCCGAAAAACGUGCCUUCUGUAAUCAGAAUGCUAUGGAAUCAUGGUUACAGGACAUGUCUGAAGAAUGUUCCAUCUGUAAUCAGAAUGCUAUGGAAUCAUGGUUACAGGACAUGUCUGAAGAAUGUGCCAUCUGUAAUCAGAAUGCUAUGGAAUCAUGGUUACAGGACAUGUCUGAAGAAUGUGCCAUCUGUAAUCAGAAUGCUAUGGAAUCAUGGUUACAGGACAUGUCCAAGGAAUGUGCCAUCUGUAAUCAGAAUGCUAUGAAAUCCUGGUUACAGGACGUCUGA